GGGAGGAAACGCCUGUGCCGGGGUGUUUCCCUGAGGAUAUCGGUCACCUUCAGGCCGUUAGGUCUGGGGCUCGCCUCGCUUUUGGCUGGCGCUUGCCGUGUCUCUGGAGCCGCUCGUUUCUUUGUGAGGCGGCGCGGUGGGGUUCUCGGUGAUGAUUUCCCCGCGGCGGAGCGACGGGGCUGCGCUCUGCCGCAAAAUGGUUUUCAACUUAGAAAGUUUACUUUCCGCUUUUCAACUUAGAAAGUUUACUUUCCGCUAAAGUUAGCGAGACAGGCUUCGGCGGGAGGGGGCUGCCUGUGCCCGCCGGAAUGUUUCAGCCCCUCAAAGCAGGGAAAGGUAGUUUCUGGUUUGGGGUUUUUUUUGCCUUUAAAAUAACAGGAUGUGUGGGCUCAACGAUAUUGAGCGCAAAAAUACCUGCUGAAACUGAUGCGUCUGGAGCAGCGUAGGUGAGAGGUGCUCGUUUCGAAGACCUGGCGGUGAAAGGCCACGGUGGGGACGGUGGCCUGUCCCCUGUGGUGACGGGGGUGGAGAGAGGCAGGAGGAGCGGCUCCUUGAGGGGAAAGGCCGGGGGUGUCCUGCCACAGGUACCAGACGCAGCUUCGCCUUCUUCCUGCCAUUUACAUUUAAUUUCCGGAGGCGGAAGUUCAGUUCUGGGAUGACUUUUCAUCAUUUGUGACAGAAAUAGUGCAGGUACACAGUUCCAAGUACAGCAAUCAGAGACACUUGUAAGGUCGUAAUGUACCAGCACAGACUUGCCUGAUAUGUAUAAUGCUCUGGCAGAACAUUUGUGGGGAAAAAAAAAAAAAGGUUAUACUGCAUCUUGUGUGACCUGUCACAGGUGAAACACCAGAAUGAAAGACAUGGACAAUAUCAAAACUGUAAAGAAAGAAUGGAUGUGUAAAUCAGGAACUGAUGAUCGUAUCUUGAAUGGUACAGAACAAAACUGUGACUACUUGGUAGAUAACCUUUUUGAAGAAGCUCAGAAGGUUGGUGCUAUAUGUAUGCCCCCAACUACAGUCAAGAAUCAGGUUGAUGUAAUCAUUAAGCUUUGGAAAAAUGGGUUUACAGUAAAUGAUGGUGAGCUUAGGAACUACACUGAUGUUGCAAACCAGCAGUUCUUGGACUCUGUUAAAAAAGGGGAACUGCCUUUUGAGCUGCGCAGAGUUUUUGAUAAGGAGGAGGUAGAUGUUAAAGUGGAAGAUAAAAAAGAUAAGGUGUAUUUGUUGUCGAAAAAGCCAGUGUUUCAUCCCUUUUCUGGACACGGUUACAGAUUGGGAAGUGCUACUCCAAGGGUAAUAUCUAAAGUAAGAGAUGAUCACCAGGGACCUGACAACAAAAGACACCUGCCUUUAGUACCAUUAAAUGAGUUGGAGCCUGUCACUAACAUCCAGAUCUGGUUAGCUGAUGGGGAAAGGAUUAUUCAGAAAUUCAAUGUUUCUCACAGAAUAAGCCAUGUCAGAGAUUUCAUCACAAAGUAUCAAGGAUCAGAGGGAAGUGCUCCCUUCACACUGACUACUUCGCUGCCGUUUCGAGAGCUGCGAGACGAGACGCUCACACUAGAGGAAGCCAAGUUGCAAAACGCUGUUGUUGUUCAAAGACUUCGGAAAACAACUGAACCUUUCAGGCUCUUAAUGAUAAAAUCACCUGACAACGACUAUAAAACUGCUACUACACCUAAUGGACAGCUCAAGAGCGAGCAAAAAAACGCUAUCAAAAGUACAAGAUCAAAUUAGCUUUUAACUUGCCAAAAACUACAUGCAGGUGGAACUAGAGAAAACCAAAAAUGUAACCAGCAAUAUCUGGAUGCACUCUCAUCCUCACGUACUGUGCUCUCAGAGAGCAAAAUGUGUGCUGUGCUGUCAUCUGCUAUAAUAGAAGUAUUUUCGACUACAUUUGGUGGUCAGAGCCUGGCUAUACACCAUAGCAGAGGUAACUGUACUACAGGUCAUCCUUAGAAUUCCCUUAGGUAGAAAGCCUAUUAGUUCUUUAAUGAGUGUAUUUAGGCAGAACAGUUCUCUGAGACUUAAUUACUACUGAUAGCACCUUUUAAGGAAAAACAGUAUUUAUUUUUGCACUUUGGACUAAAGUGAAACUGAACUGUUUGUUUUCACUUAUUUCGGUGUAAGCUGCUGCAGUUUGCAUUCUUCUCACAGUAACUUAUAGGCAAGAGAUUCUGCAGGGAAGUUCACUUUUGAACUCUUAACUAACUUGAAAAUCUUCAAUAUCAGUAUCUUCAGGAUUUAACUUAUCAUAAGAUCUGCAGUGUAAUGUUCUAUCAGGUCUUCACGUGGUGGUAGAUGCAUGUGUGAGAAGAUAGAAAUGAGGUAGUCUGGUGCAUACUGCAUAUGAAGUGCCUCAAAAUAAGCUCUGAAGGAAUUGUUAUUACCAAUGAUUGAAGUGGUUUCUGCCCCUCUUGUGCUGCUAUGGGUGUCUUGAAGAUUGGGUGAUGUUAAACUACCUAGCUCAUUAGGAUAGAAAUCCACUUUCAGCCUUGUCACACAAAAACUUCAGCUUUUCUGGAGAUGACCAUACAGGAAUAGUGGCUUAGAGGGACACAGUUGUUUUCGUACUGUAUAUCUGCCUCUGUCCUGAGCUGGCCAGCUGAUUGAGACACUAAUUGCAUGUGGCCAGGUUUCAAAGAUGUUGAAAAUUCUUAUUUGGAAACUGAGGUUUCUUCCCCCUCUCUGCCUCGUUUCCAUCUGAAUCUUUUAUUUUGCUAUUCAUGUACUUGAGGCAUACAAUUUGUAGCCAAUGAUUCCCUCUUUUGCUAAAGGAGAAAUGAACCUAAAGACUAAGUAUUUUGUACUGUGUUUGCCGAGUAGCAUGUGGGUUAGUGAACAGAACUAGGGUCUCUAGGUAAGACUUAAUCCUGGGGCCUUCAAUGAGUGCUGACUAGUUUGUGCUGCCUGCGCAAACGGAGGGGCUUGGGGUUUGUACUACUUUUGUGUGGAUAAAUGACAGAUGGGUUUGGGAUUUCCUGCUUUUGUUCUAAAUAGAAAAUGACUUAAUUGGAGUGACUUGAAUUCUGUCUAAAAGUUGUGUUGCUUCAGACUAGGGAUGCGCUUACUUCAUUCCCAGGGAUGUAAAACUGUUUUGCUUCAGCAUCUCUCCUGGUCUGUUCAGGGGCUGUGAAAUGAAAGUCAACUGCUCAGAUACCUAUUCAAUGUACUCAGAAAGCAGAUCUCUGCAAACUAUGCAGUUAACUGUUUUCAGUGCUAUAAACUUGAUGUGCUACUGUGUCAUUCAGGUUUAUGUUGCAAAUAAUGCCAUUAAAUUUUCUUUGCUCUUGCAUUGACUCCUCUGCUAUAUGAAAAGCCUACUAGAGCUCUAGUGGUAGGAAGAAAUGUGCAGACAAAUCCAAUAAUAAAAUUUGAAGAGACAAGUCACCUACAGACACAGAUCCAACCCUCAGUUUGCAGAGCUUCCUGAACAGUGAAUUUUAUUAAUCGGUGCUUUUUAAUCUGUCUUAAUGUCAAACUGAGUAUUAGAAAACCAUACAUUUUUGAUUGUAAGCUCAAGUGUUCUUAUCUAAAAGGUGCAUGAAAUGUCACAGUAUAUGCUAUGCCUACAUAGAAAUUCAAAUAAAUAAUUAGUGUAAGAUUGAUUAAAAUUGAAGGGGGGGUAUGAAAUUUUAAGGUAGGUAAAUCCAUUUUGCUUGUUAUCACAGUAAGUUUUUUGGAAAGAAGCAGGAAGCGUUUAGUGUUUCAAUGUUGACUCAUGUCUGCUAUCAGUAUUUUAAGACACUAUAGCUUGAUUCUGUCCAGCUAUAUAUUGUGUUUUACAGAAAUCAGCUGUUUCUGGCUAGAACUUUGGUGGUGCUUGAGUGUGUAUUUGGUGUUUGGAAGUGUCAUGGUCUUCAUUACAAAAUGAGAGCAAAUCUUUAAAAACUUAAGAGUGAUGCUGACUACACUAAUCCCAUGUUAGACUAGAAGGUGCCUUUAAAAGAGAGGCAACAAACUGAUUGGAUAACUUAGUUUCUGAUUUGGAGAACACCUUUAGAAUGAAUACAGGGCUCUUCUAAAUCUAAUUGGUUUCGGCCAAUUUGUAAAGACUGAUUAGCUACCUGUAGUGUUUGGACAGCCUAAUCUCUUACUCAGCGCUGUAGACAGCUAUUGUGCAUUGGUCAAACAACAGUAAAACUUGCUUGAUCAAUGCCUGAGUUUGUGAAAGACACAGAUACUAUCAGUUAUUCAUUGUUUCUUCACUGUUUUGAGUAAAGCCUGUGAAUUAACAUAAUUUACAGCAAAAUUGAAAUAGCCUAGAAAAGAUCAAAGAAAGGAAAUGUUUUCUGUUGGUUUUUUCCUUGGUGAAGAGAUGCAGGUAACAAAGAUUUAACUUGUUACAAGGACGUCCUAUGAAGAAAAAAUGAAGAAACUGAAUGUUGAAUUUAAGUGUUACAUGCCUACCUUGUAUCUAGUACCUAGUACUUCAGAAUAAAUUACAUACUGGGGUUAA